AUGGUGCGCUACUACUCAAGCGCGCCGGCUGUCGCAGCUGCUUUGCUUCUCACCAGUGUCUCGGCUCAAUUUGUCAAAGCGCCGACCGAUCUGAUCAGCAAAAAGGGACAUGCCGGAAUCAAUGUGCGGUACAAGGAGGUGCCUGCAGGAAUUUGCGAGCAGGAUCCCAACGUGAAGAGCUAUUCCGGUUAUGCCGAUGUGGGUGAACAUGAGCAUAUCUUUUGGUGGUUCUUUGAAGCUAGGAAUCAAGACCCGACAGAGGCACCACUCACAGUCUGGAUCAACGGUGGACCGGGCUCCUCCUCCAUGAUCGGAUUGUUCCAAGAACUCGGACCCUGUGGUGUUGGACCCGAUGGCAAAGCCUACAACAACCCCUACUCCUGGUCCAACGCAAGCAACAUGCUCUUCAUCGACCAGCCCACCACAGUUGGACUUUCUUACUCGAUCCCCGUCCCGGCGUACCAGGAUGGCAACUCCAUUAUUCAAUUGCCCAACAACACCUGUCCUGAUUACGCCGAGGAGACCGGUACUUGCGGCACUUACUCCAAGACAGAUAUCGGUCUGGUGCCGAAUUCCACCCAGGGCGCCGCUCCAAAUAUGUGGAAGACGCUUCAGGGAUUCAUGGGAGUGUUCCCCCAGUACUCUCGCAAGGGUUUCUCCUUCACUACGGAGAGUUACGGUGGUCACUACGGCCCUGUAUUCAAUGAAUACUUCCUUCAACAGAACAAAAAGAACAUUUCCGACGCAAUCGAGAUCCGGCUCGAGAAUGUGCUCAUCGGAAAUGGCUGGUUCGACCCUCUGAUCCAGUACCAGGCUUACUACAAUUACUCCGUCUACCCGGGCAACACGUAUGACUAUGAUCCUUACAACGCCACCAUCAAGAACAAGUGGUACAACAAUCUCUACGGCAAGGGCAACUGUGUCGACCAGACGAAGGAGUGCUACGCCACGGGCCGGAACGACAUCUGCGCCAGCGCAGACCAAUUCUGCGCGAACAAUGUGGAGGCCAUGUACGACAUUUAUUCUGGCCGCGAUGAAUAUGAUAUGCGCGAGUUGAACCCGGAUCCGUUCCCCUACGAGUACUAUGUUCAAUAUAUGAACAGUCCCGAGGUCCAAGAGGCCAUUGGCGCGUAUCAGAACUUCUCGGAAUCAUCGUCCACCGUUUCACAGGCCUUUUCCAACACGGGUGAUGACGAUCGCGAGUCAAACACCAUUGAAGAUGUGCAAAAACUGCUCAAGGCCGGUGUGCAGGUGGUGAUGUACUUUGGCGAUGCUGACUACAACUGCAACUGGCUCGGAGGGCAAGUCGUCGCCGACGAGAUCAACGCCCCGGGCUACAAAGACGCCGGCUUCGUCAACAUGACCACCUCGGACGGCAUCGUUCACGGCCAAGUGCGCCAAAGCGAGCUCUACAGCUUUGUCCGCAUCUACGAGUCCGGCCACGAAGUCCCCUUCUACCAGCCCCUUGCCUCACUGGAACUCUUCGAACGAGCCCUCGCCAGAAAGGACAUCGCCACCGGGGAACAUGCCGUCUCCAGCCAUUGCGGCUACAAGACCCACGGUCCGCCCACAAGUGAUUACCGCGAGGGUAACGCGACGAUCGUAACGAAGAUCCUCCCCACCAAUUCUACCUACAACACAUCCUUGAAUGGACCCGACCCGUCGACCUCCAGCAAGAUGCGCCGAGCGGACCUUACGCGCGAAGUUCGGGGUAACCAUAAGUUGGAGGCUAUUCGAAAGGUGAGACGGGCAAUGGGAGGAAGACGGUUGGUGUAA